UGAUCUCAGGAAAGAUGAAUGUAUAUGUGGAAAGAGUGGUGAAGAAAUGCACUGGGAAAUGGGUUAUGUAGCCCUGGCCAGACACUGAAAGGAAGCAGGGCCCACUGGGGAUUGCAGGUUGUUUGUACAAAGUGAGUUAUGAUUGUUGAGUAGAAGAGCCUGAUGAGGAAGGAAAGGAAGAGAAGCAGUGGAACCAUCGUAGCCAAGAGGGGCCUCUCUCCUGGGCUCAGCUUUCGGAAUGGCAGUGGAACCAUCACAGCCAACAGGGACCUCUCUCCUGGGCUCAGCUUAUGGCAGUGGAACCGUCACAGCCAACAGGGACCUCUCUGCUGGGCUCAGCUUUCGGAAUGGCAGUGGAACUGUCACAGCCAACAGGGACCUCUCUCCUGGGCUCAGCUUUCGGAAUGGCAGUGGAACCGUCACAGCCAACAGGGACCUCUCUCCUGGGCUCAGCUUUUGGCAGUGGAACCGUCCCAGCCAACAGUGACCUUUCUCCUGGGCUCAGCUUUCAGAAUGGCAGUGGAACUGUCACAGCCAACAGGGACCUCUCUCCUGGGCUCAGCUUUCAGAAUGGCAGUAGAACUGUCACAGCCAACAGGGACCUCUCUCUUGGGCUCAGCUUUCGGAAUGGCACACUCAAAAACAGGAAGAUAGGCCCCAAAAUACAGAGCAGAAGCAGAAGCCUGUUACGUGACAGAGCUUGGUGUGUCUCACACAGCUUCAAAGAACCCCCGCUCUUGCUUGGCGUUCUGCAUCCAAAUACAAAGUUGCGACAGGCAGAAAGGCUGUUUGAAAAUCAGCUUAUUGGACCGGAGUCCAUAGCACAUAUUGGGGAUGUGAUGUUUACUGGGACAGCAGAUGGCCGGGUUGUAAAACUUGAAAAUGGUGAAAUAGAGACCAUUGCCCGGUUUGGUUCGGGUCCGUGCAAAACCCGAGAUGAUGAGCCUGUGUGUGGGAGACCCCUGGGUAUCCGUGCAGGGCCCAAUGGGACUCUCUUUGUGGCUGAUGCAUACAAGGGACUAUUUGAAGUAAAUCCCUGGAAACGUGAAGUGAAACUGCUGCUGUCCUCCGAGACACCCAUUGAGGGGAAGAAAAUGUCCUUUGUGAAUGAUCUUACGGUCACUCAGGAUGGGAGGAAGAUUUAUUUCACUGAUUCUAGCAGCAAAUGGCAAAGACGAGACUACCUGCUUCUGGUGAUGGAGGGCACAGAUGACGGGCGCCUGCUGGAGUACGAUACUGUGACCAGGGAAGUAAAAGUUUUAUUGGACCAGCUGCGGUUCCCGAAUGGAGUCCAGCUGUCUCCUGCAGAAGACUUUGUCCUGGUGGCAGAAACGACCAUGGCCAGGAUACGAAGAGUCUAUGUUUCUGGCCUGAUGAAGGGCGGGGCUGAUCUGUUUGUGGAGAACAUGCCUGGAUUUCCAGACAACAUCCGGCCCAGCAGCUUUGGGGGGUACUGGGUCGGCAUGUCAACCAUCCGCCCUAACCCUGGGUUUUCCAUGCUGGAUUUCUUAUCUGAGAGACCCUGGAUCAAAAGGAUGAUUUUUAAGCUCUUUAGUCAGGAGACGGUGAUGAAGUUUGUGCCGCGGUACAGCCUCGUCCUAGAACUCAGCGACAGCGGUGCCUUCCGGAGAAGCCUGCAUGAUCCCGACGGGCUGGUGGCCGCCUACGUCAGUGAGGUGCACGAGCACGACGGGCACCUGUACCUGGGCUCUUUCAGGUCCCCCUUCCUCUGCAGACUCAGCCUCCAGGCUGUUUAGCCCUCCCGGAUAGCUGCCCCUGCCAUGUAAGCCAGGAGUCUUCACACUAAGGCACCAGGCCUGGUCCAGGAGGAGCUGUGGACACAGUCAUGGUUCAAGUGUCCACAUGCACUUGUCAGUCCCUGAGGGAUGGUGGGCAUGGCUGCUUCAUCCCUUGAGGAUGCCCGGGCCCCAUCUGGACUCAUCUUUCUGUUUAGAGGGAAGCAUAACAUAUCUGCCACUGGGAAGAUAAAUUCAUGUGAAGCAAUUUUCUCUUAAAAAAAAAACAAACAAAGCUUUCUAAGUACAAUCAUUCUCUAGGACUUGGGAAGCUCCUUGCACUUGGAACAGGGCUCAGGUGGGUGGAGCAGUAACACACUGCCCAGGAAGUUUGCUGCUGUGGCCCUGUCCUGUGGCCUCAGAGUCCUUCUUUACUAUUAUAUAACGUGCGGUCAUACCUUUAUUGGGGUGGGAAUGGAAGAGCAGAGGGAGGAUGGCCCAAGGGUGUUGAGGCCAGCAGUGAGAGCUGUGUAAGCCAAGACUUGGAACUGUGUUCUCAAGGGUUGUGUGGGACGUGGGCUCUCCAUAGUGUGUAGGAAAAGCAUGUUGACUCUAGUGGCUCAGAGAGGACUUUGCUGGGUUUCUUUCUGUGAAUAUCUCCGCACUGACCAUGCUGGAAUUGGAUGCUUCUGCAAUUUGGGACCUACUGCAGGGGUCCGUUUAGUAACGUCCUGUCUGUGACCUUUGUUGUUGACCUCUAGACCCCAAGAUGUGAACAGUGCACGUGUUAAUGUCAUCUUUGCUCGUGUGUUAUAAGCCCCAAGUUGCUGUAUAUUUUCACAAGUAUGUCUACACACUGGUCAUGAUUUUGAUAAUAAAUAAUGAUAAAUUGA